GAAAGAGAGUAUGGCUGGCAAGAGGGCUCUAUUGAUUUUGGCCAAGGGGGCCGAGGAGAUGGAGACAGUCAUUCCCGCUGAUGUGAUGAGAAGGGCAGGAAUAAAGGUAACGAUUGCAGGUCUAAGUGGAAAGGAUCCGGUUCUGUGCAGCAGAGAUGUGGUGCUGUGCCCUGACACUAGUCUGGAGGAGGCUCGAACACAGGGGCCCUAUGAUGUGGUGGUACUACCAGGGGGCAAUUUAGGAGCUCAGAAUUUAUCAGAGUCUCCUGUAGUAAAGGAGGUGUUGAAGGAACAGGAAGCCAAAAAUGGGUUAAUUGCAGCUAUAUGUGCAGGACCCACUGCCCUGACCGUGCACGGUGUAGGAAUUGGGAAAACCAUCACCACCCACCCUCUCGCUAAAGAUAAAAUUGUGAAUGCAGAUCACUAUAAAUACUCAGAAGAGCGGGUAGUCAAGGAUGGAAACUUCAUCACAAGCCGGGGCCCCGGUACCAGCUUUGAGUUUGCUCUAAUGAUUGUUAGCACCCUGGUUGGCAAGGAGGUGGCGGAUCAAGUAAAAUCACCACUUCUUCUCAAAGACUAGCUUAUCCCAAGAUGCUGCUGCUGUCUGGAUCUCUCACUGGUACCUUCUAAAAUGGUUUAUCUGCAAAGUAACAGGAAUGGCACUUAAAAUUAAUAUAUUGUUGAUAAAAUGACAUUCAUUUUGCACUUGAAUAAUAAAGCUGAGUAUAGUGCUGGUGCCAUGUCCUUCUUUUAUUCAGAUUAACAAUGCAAACUAAUAUAACAAAAUGUGUGGGCUGCUUAGUUCCUUGUAAAUAUAAGUAUAUUAUUUUGGUAAAAAUCAUAAAUUAACUCACUAAUUUGGAGUUUCAGCAGCAAUCUGGUUGCUAGGGUCUUGUUUACCUUAGCAGCCAGGCAGUAUUUUGAAUAAGAAACUGAAACAUAAAUAGAAGGGUGGAAUUGAAAGAUAGGUGAUAAAACGUAACAAUUACAAUAAAAUUAUAGCCUCACGGAUCAACAGUUUUUUUGCCGUCCGGGUUAAAACUGUAAAAAAAAUAAAAAAUAAAAAAAUAAUGAAGACCAACAGCAAAGUUGCUAGGAAUAGGCCAUUCUAUAAAAUAACAUAAGUUAAUAUAAAUGUGAACCACUCCUUUAAAGAAAUAUUUAAGAUAUGUCACAUAGUAGGAGGGCAUGUUUACUAAAACUCUUAACAUUUUUACAUUUUUUUUUUUAUAAAUAUCUAAUUUUUCUGUGCAAGGAAGGUCACAAAGAUCCCUAAUUUUCCAUCUUGCUGCACGUAAACCACAACCUUUUAGAAUUGUCGCACAAAGACCAGUGUCAAAAAUCCAAAACGUCUAAAGUUUUGAGGCAAAAAAAGGAUCUUUCAAGUAGAGGGACCUCUGCCUUUGACUUCUACAUGAUCUCAGCAACUUUUAGCUGGUGAAUUGUCGGAUUUGGAUUUUUAGCUGUUUUGUUCCAUAGUAUAUGUCGGAAAAGUUGAAACUUUUUUCUGUGACUUUUAGCUCUAAAAAUCCAAAUCGGGAAAAGAAAAAAAAAAAUCAGACGGUUAGUAAAUGGCCCCCUCAGUGUACAUUUAAGAAGAAAAAAUGUAUGUCAACUUUCAUCUAGGAUUUGGAAGAAGUUGAGUUAUUACAAAGGCAGGGCAACUGAUCUUAUAACAGGACUAGUAACACAAAUAAAAGGACUUUGCAUUUGAAUAUAAUGCAAUAUAAUGCAGCCCCUUUCAGAUGUCAGAAAGGUUGCAUGUUCAUAAUUGCAUUGCAGAUGAUGUUCUUAAUUUGUUAUUCCCUUUCUAGCAAAUAAAGGACGCUUCAUUUUUCUCUGCA